AUGGCUGAUCCUGCCGCACCUGGCUCCUGGGUUCAAGAGGCCCCGGCCAGUGCUCCCCUGCUCUCUCCCGAUUGGCGUGGCGGCGUGGAUGCAAAGCGAGGGGGAAAAGCCACCGUCUCUCGUUACACUGACUGUGAUGGCGGUCUCUUUCGGAGUAGUGUCGAGGAAAGCCAAGCCAUGUACACCGAAGCACUCCAACCAAAAAUGGUGACUAGCUUUCAACAUGCAUCCUCUGGUCUUCUACUUGCGGGCGUCGGCAGCGCCCUCCUUGAGCUGCAACGUAGCGACUUGCCGCCGGUGACGCGUGGCCGGCGAGAGCGCGCCCAGGUCCGCGCGCAACGUGGAAACCGGGGAUCUCUUGGCCGCAGCUCCGGGCCCACGCUCAUCACGAGGCUGGAGAAGGCUGCUCCGACGUGCUGGAGCCUCGUCUUGAGACAUGUUGCAUGGGCUGAUGACGAUGAGGCCUGCAAUGUAAACCAUCCUCAAGUCUUCCCCCGUUGUCUAAGUGAGCGAGUGAGUUUCCAAGCUAAGAAACGUGCAGUCAUCUGGCCACUCUCCCAAAAUGAGAGGAAGCCCGCGGAGAAAUACAAUCGAGAAUACGGAAACAGAAGACAACAAAAACAAAAGAAAACAAAAGGAGUGGGCAAGUCUUCUUGA